AUGGGCAAUGUACGUAAGCUUAUAGUCGAAGUAGUUGAUGCCCGGAACCUCGUGCCCAAGGACGGCCACGGAGCCUCCAGCCCGUACGUAAUCCUCGAUUUCCACGGACAAAGGAGGAAAACAAAGACCGUGGUCCGCGACCUCAACCCGACCUGGAACGAGACUCUGGAGUUCAACGCGGACAAAACAUCGGACGUGUUUGGGGACAUGCUGGAGCUCGAUGUUCUCCACGACGUGAAAGUCGGGCCCACCACCCGCAACAAUUUUCUCGGCCGGGUCAGGCUAAACUCCGGUCAGUUUGUCAGGAAAGGCGAGGAGGCCUUGAUCUAUUACCCCCUCGAGAAGAAGAAUUUGCUGAGCUGGAUCCAGGGUGAGAUUGGCCUAAAAAUCUACUUCCAGGACGAGAUCGAGAUCGUCCCCCCACCACCGGAAGCCAAGGUUGAUCCGGCGCCAGAGAAUGCUGAGCCUCCGCCGGCAACCAAUGCUCCUGAUGCAGAAGCUAAGAAUAGUGAAAUUCCGGCGGCUGAGCCAAAGCCUGAUUGCGAGAAACCGGCUGAGGAUCCACCAGCUGAGAAUCCACCUGAAAACGCCAGUUCACGAGCCGUAAAGGUAGAGACCCCUCCACCGGAUAAAAACUACGAUCAGCUGAAGCCACACGUGUCGCCGGGGUUAGUCCCGGAAGUCAAAGUCAACAGCCUCAACACGCCGCAGCCAAUCAGCCGAAUUUCGUCCGUCAGCAGCUUUGCAUCGGAUUUAUCUGAUAGAUCGACCAUGGAGCGGUCCACGUUCGACCUUGUGGACAAGAUGCACUAUAUCUUCGUCCGAGUCGUCAAGGCCCGGUCCCUCCCGACCACCGGCUCCCCCGUGGUGAAAAUCGUUGUCUCAGGCCGCCAUGUCGUUUCUCGGCCAGCCCGCCUGGCGGCCGCCAGCUUCGAAUGGGAACAGACGUUUGCCUUUGCACGCGGGGACUCGUCCGACGUGCUAGAAGUAUCGGUGUGGGACCCGGCAGCCGGUGGCGGCGGCUUCCUGGGAGGGAUCUGCUUCGAUGCGGGCGAGAUCCCUCUGCGGGACCCGCCCGACAGCUCACUGGCCCCACAGUGGUACCGUCUGGAAGGCGGCGGGGCCCACCGGGGCGACUUGAUGCUGGCCGCGUGGGUUGGGACACAAGCGGACGAGUCGUUCCCCGACGCGUGGAAGGCCGAUGCGGCCAACAGCCCAACUUCUAGAUCGAAGGUGUACCAGUCGCCUAAGCUGUGGUACCUUCGGUCGUGCGUCGUCGAGGCCCAAGACCUUCCCACGCCGAUGCCAAUGCCCCUCAAACAGUCGUCCUACCAAAUUAAGGCCCAAUUGGGGUUUCAGGUCCAGAGGACCAAACCGGCCGUCUCGAGCACGGGUGGCCCGACUUGGAACGAGGAUCUAAUGUUCGUGGCGGCCGAGCCGUUCACCGAGCACAGCCUCACAUUCUUCCUGCUCGAAAACCGGCCGACGCCGAAAGAGCCGCUUGUCGUGGGCGUCGCCAGGGUUCCGUUAAUGUCUAUCGAGCGGCGCGUGGACGAUCGCACAGUGGCCCCACGGUGGUGCACCAUGGAAGACCCCAACAGCGAGGAGAAGCCUACCUACAGAGGUAGGGUCCAGCUGCGGCUUUGCUUCGAUGGGGGUUACCACGUGAUGGACGAGGGUGCCCAUGUGUGCAGCGACUACCGCCCUACUGCCCGCCAGCUCUGGAAACCCCCAGUCGGGACAAUCGAGCUCGGAAUCAUCGGGUGCCGGAAUCUCGUCCCGACAAAAACAACAUCCGGAGGGAAGGGGUCUGCCGACGCGUACGCUGUCGCCAAAUACGGCAGUAAGUGGGUCCGCACGCGCACCAUCUCGGACAACCUAGACCCAAAGUGGAACGAACAGUACACGUGGAGAGUUUACGACCCGUCCACCGUCCUCACUCUAGCCGUGUUCGACAGCUGGCAGCAUCCGGACGAGCUGACGGAACCCACCCGACCCGACUCCCGUCUCGGGAAAGUACGCAUCCGGAUCUCAACCCUAACCACGGGGCACGCGUAUCGGAGCACAUUCCCGCUGCUGCUUCUAUCCCGGGCAGGGCUCAAGAAAAUGGGUGAGAUUGAGCUGGCGGUCAGGUUCACGCGCGCGGGCCCCACCCUCGACCUCCUGCACGUCUACUCCCAGCCCCUGCUGCCGGCCAUGCACCACCUGAGGCCACUCGUGCAGCAAGAAACCCUGAGGUCGGCGGCCGUGAGGAUAGUUUCGGCCCACCUCUCCCGCUCGGAGCCGCCCCUCUGUCCCGAGGUGGUGGCCCACAUGCUCGACUCCGACUCCAGCACGUUCAGCAUGCGCAAGGUCCGAGCAAACUGGUUUAGAAUAAUCAACAUGAUGACCGGCGUGAUCGAGCUGUUCAAGUGGGUCGACGAGACGCGCUCGUGGAGGAACCCGACGGCCACGGUGCUCGUUCACGCCCUCCUCGUGAUGCUCGUCUGGUUCCCGGAUCUAAUCGUGCCUUCUCUCGCGUUCUAUGUUUUUGCGGUGGGCGCGUGGAAUUACAGGUUCCGGCCGAAAUCCGCGUUGCCGCAUUUCGACCCGAAGCUGUCGCUGGCCGAGUGUGUGGAGCGCGAGGAGCUGGACGAGGAGUUCGACUGCGUGGGGCCGAGCGAGGUGCGGGUGAGGUACAAUAAGCUGAGGGUGAUGGGGGCGCGGGCGCAGGUUCUGUUGGGGGUCGUGGCGGCGCAGGGGGAGAGGGUGCAGGCGCUUGUGGCGUGGCGGGACCCACGGGCCACGGGGAUAUUUGUGGGGCUGUGUCUCGUAGUGGCGUUUGUGCUGUACCUGGUGCCGCCAAAGAUGGUGGCGGUGGCGGUGGGGUUUUAUUACCUUAGGCAUCCUAUUUUCAGGGACAGGAUGCCGUCGCCGGCUGUCAAUUUCUUUCAGAGGCUGCCGUCACUUGCGGACCGGAUGCUGUAG